UGUGCACAGUGUUUUUUAAAUUUUUCCAUUGAACGUACAGGCGGAGCAUGUUGCAGCAGUUAAAAUAUUCAUUUGAAUUUAAAUUUUUUUUACAAUAAUAAUAAAUUAAUAAAUCAAACAAAUUGGCCAAUAAAAAAUGGGAAAAAAAAUAGAAUUUAAAGGCUCAAUCUCAGAAAGUAUUGAUGAAGUGCAAUUGACAAUACCGAAGGACGUUGAUGUUGGCUGGAAAUUUUGGAAAAAACGUCGUAAUGUCGUGGGACUUUUGGUUUUUCUAGGUUUUUUUAUGUCAAAUAGUCUUCGUGUAAAUCUCAGCAUUGCAGUUGUUGUUAUGACAACAUCAACCGGAAAUGUGAAACCGGAAUUUGAUUGGAACUCUGACCUCCGGGGUGUUAUAUUAGGUUCAUUUUUUUAUGGAUACACUGCAACUCAAUUUUUGGGUGGUUAUUUGAGUUCGAAAAUUGGAGGAAAGAAAGUACUCGGUGUUGGAAUUGGUGCAACAGCAUUAUUGACACUAACUACACCUUUACUAACUCGUACUAGUGUUUAUCUUCUUAUUUUUUUAAGAAUUGUUAUGGGAUUAUUUGAGGGUGUUACAUUUCCUUCGACAAACUCGAUUUGGGCAAAUUGGGCACCACCCACCGAACGAUCAAAACUUUCAACCCUUCCUUUUUCUGGAAGUACGGCAGGAGCUGUUAUUGCAAUGCCACUAUCUAGUAUCAUUGCUGCACGACUUGGGUGGCCUGCUAUUUUUUAUAUCAAUGGAUUAAUGGGAUUAAUAUGGUUUGCCGCAUGGAUGUAUUUUAUAUCCGAUACACCAAGAGAUGAUCCUUGGAUUUCAGUUUCUGAAUUGGAAUACCUUGAAAAAACACUGUGCAAAAUUGAAAAUAAUAAAAAGAAUAUUUCACAUCCAUGGAAAGAAAUGCUAACAUCUGUUCCGGUUUGGGCAAUUUUUGUUGCUCAUUUUUGCGGAAUGUGGGGAUACCACACGAUGGUGAUGCAACUUCCUCUUUUUAUUGAAAAUGUUUUACACUUUGAAAUUGAAAAGACUGGAUUCGUUUCUGCGCUUCCAUACCUUGGAUUGACAAUUGUCAUGGUCUUGUCCGGUCAUAUAGCAGAUUAUUUAUUGUCAAAUAAUUAUCUAUCAACAACAAUGGUUAGAAAAACUUUGACCUGUGCGUCAUUUAUUGGACAGACAAUUUUCAUGACAUUAACAGGUUUUAUGAGUACAAGCGUUGCUGUAAUUUUAUGUAUUAUUAUUUCAUUCAGCAUCGAUGGUCUUUCCACUCCUGGCUAUGUUGUUAAUUAUCUUGACAUUGCACCACAACGUGCAAGCAUUCUACUUGGAAUGGGAAAAACAAUUGCAACAUUACCAGGAAUCAUCAGUCCAACUGUAACUGGCUACAUUGUUAAAAAUAAGACUGCAGAAGAGUGGAGAAUUGUAUUUAUGAUUGUUAGUAUUAUUUAUUUAUUUGGAGCAAUUAUUUAUGGAACAUUUGCUUCAAGUAAAAAACAAAAAUGGGCUGAUGAAUCAUAUGAUCGAACUAAAAUAAAUGAUAAUAUUUUAUAAUAAAAAAAUUAUGUAACUCUUUAGUAUUCAAAUUUUUUCUUUACUUUCUUGAAAUAACACGAUACGUGUAGAAUUGAGUGCCAGUAAUUUAAAACUAGAUGGGCUUUCAAGCAGGACUGAGAUCAAGGUCAUCUUAAGAUCAAGACCGGUCUUUAAUCUUUCAUUAUGAAAUUCUUUAUCAAGACCAAAAUUAGGACAUACUGAGCCGAAAAAUUCAUUUUUCGAAAUUUUGAAACUCGUACUUGUUUUUUUUUUUUUUAUUUGAUAAAAAAAUAUUUAUAAGUUAUUUAUAAUUUUGUGGUAUUGGAUUGAAAAAUGCACAAUUGUAUGAAAAAAGUCAACUCGAAGUUAAGAGAAAUCAGGUGAAUAUUAUAAAUUAAUUUUUUUUAUUAUUGUUUUGUGUAUCGAAAAAGUUAAAAAGCAAUAUCUUGAAAUAAUAUGAAUAAAUUAUAUUUAGGUUUUGAUUGAUUUAGCAGGAAUGAUUUUAGAAAAACAAAGCACCAUUAAACACAUGGUCUUUCAAAUUUUGACACACUUGGCAAUGCUAAGAGUAUUAAUAUGUCUUUUAGUGGUUAAAAUAAAAAUUCAACAUGUAAUGUAUAUGUAAUUUAGUUUCAUUAAACUUGGCACCAAAGAAUAAACUCAAUUUUAUACAGUGUUAAAA